CGCCGGCCUCGCCAGUCUCUUGGUGUGCGCGACGCGAGCAGCGCGUCUCUCGACUAGUGAAUCAUGUCCGCGAAUGGGUCGGCGGCCACGGAGCCGCGGCUCUGCCACGUGCGGAAGACGCCCGACUUCGACGGGUACGGGUUCAACCUGCACGCCGAGAAGGGCAAGCCCGGCCAGUACAUCGGCAAGGUGGACGAAGGCUCGCCGGCGGAGAGCGCGGGGCUGAAGCGCGGCGACCGCAUCCUGGAGGUGAACGGGCACAGCAUCGCGGGCGAGAGCCACAAGCAGGUGGUGGCGCGCAUCAAGGAGCGCGGCGAGGACGCGGAGCUGCUGGUGGUGGCGCCGGCGCCGGGCGAGCCCGUGCCCGAGCUGGACGCGGCGGACGCGCGCGAGUCGCCGCCGCCCGAGCCGCCGCGGCUCAACCUGCACAUGACCGCGGCCGAGAUGCGCGCGCAGCUCGCCGCCAAGAAGAAGAUCGACCCCAAGAAAGUGCCCAUGGACCUCAAGUCCAAGUUUGACAUCGUCAAGAAACUGUGAUGAGCGUGUUGUGAGCCGCGAGCGGUGUUGUGGUGAGGUGCGCGAGUGCGUGCGGCGGCGAGCGGCGCGGGCGCGGCUGCCGCUCGGCCGCGCGCUGUUGCCAGCUCGCGCGCUCGACAGCAAUUGGAACAAUGACAUCGGCGGUGCGAGCGCAGCUUGUCGUGCACCGGCCACCACCCCCGCGUUGUACAAUUAAUGUAAAUUUUGUUUUACCACGUAAAUUAUGUACUUAAUGUAAUUUAUAGCGUUCUAUAGAAAUUGCCAUUGAAUUGAAUAAAAUGUUGUUUGUUGUAUAUAUACUUACCUAGCCUAGGUACCUAGCUGCUAUACAUACGUUUUAUAGUACAUAGGGAUGAAACAUUGUGUGUAAUUUAUUUUACGAAUUCAAAUAUUUUGAUUUUAAAUAAUUGAUUUUAUCUAAAUGUGUAGCCUGAGUUACUUACGUACUCGAGUGUGAUUAUUGUUUGAUCUAUUAUCAAUAAACGUAUAAAAACCAA